UCCUUCCCCUCUACCUUCCGUCUUCCGAAUGUCGCGUUGUUCCCCAUUGUCUUUGCCCUUUUACGAUGCUUCUCACCGCUCCCCUCUCCCCGCGCACCCUGCUCCCUUCUCACCGCUCCCCGCUCCUCACUCCCCUCCCCCAUCUCUCCCCUCCCCCAUCUCUCCCCUCCCCCAUCUCUCCCCUCCCCCAUCUCUCCCCUCCCCCAUCUCUCCCCUCCCCCAUCUCUCCCCUCCCCCAUCUCUCCCCUCCCCCAUCUCCCCCCUCCGCCAGCACGACGUGGAUGCGGGCGAGGUGAGGAAGGUCGUGCUCGCGUCAGGCGCCGCCGUCACCGUGCACGGCGCGCAAGCAGUCGCCUUGGCGCGCCCGCUGCAGCUCCCCCUCCCCUCUCUCUCCGCGCAAUCCCUCUCCGCCUCCGCCGCCUCUUCCGCGCUCCUCGGCCUCGCGGAAAAGCUCAAAGCCGCCGCGCUUUCCUGGUCCUCCCCGUCCCGCGCGCCCUCGUCCACGUCCCCCCUGCCGCGCGAGCUCGUGUCUCUCCGCGUGGUGCGCCCCUCCGCCAUCGUCGCCGCCAGCGUGCCGCUCUCCCCGCUCCCCCCCGCUCGGGACGUCGCCAGCAUCGACCUGGUGGAGGCGGUUUCUGGGGCGGGUGCAACUGACGACCUUGGGAAUACCGCCGCAGCCACUAGUGCCGCGACCGCUCUUGCGCCCGCCAAGCUCAGAGUCAAACGGAUCGCAGCAGGUGCAGUGGAGCUGACGUCAGCGAGGCCGCGAUCCACGUCAGAAGCAGCAGCAAGAGGCGGCGCCCUUUCUUCCCUCGCGGCGGCGCUACCUCUGGCGUCGCUCACGGCCCCUCCCGGCCCAUGGCCGUUCCCAGCAGUGAAUCGAUCUGAUGGGCGGCUGACGGCGCUGGGGGAGGCGCUGCAGGGCGCGCUGGGGGAGAUGCUGGCGCAGCAGGGCAAGGGGAAGGGGGGGAAGGGUGGUGGUGGUGCCUCUGACGGUUUGCCCCGCGUGUUCCAGCUGGUAAAGGCCAGUGCUUCUGCUGGCCGGGUGGUUCGCAUUCCUCUACAGGUGGAAUUGCGGGUGGAGGGCGUUGGCCAGUCCAUGCUGUCCAUGGCGCUCAAUAACGAGACUGCUUCAAAUGAGGACGGAACGAGGACAGAAGCAGGGAAGGGUGGGAUGAAGGAGGGAACAGAGAAGCAGAAGGUGGAUGGGAGUGACAGCAGGGAGAGGAGGGGAGAGGCGGGUGGGAAGAAGGGGGGCGAGCGUGAGUCAGUUGUCAUGACACGUCAGCAGUGGGAGUUGGUAGCGCAGGUGGAUGGCGGCGGUCGGCUGGUUCCCGUGCAUGUGAGACGAGUGGGGUCAGUGGGGCCGUCCAUGGUGGUGGCGUCGCAUGUGCUCUCCCCCAACACCACUGCCUCCCUGCCCAACCUGCCCCCGCCCAGCCGGCUCAUGCUCUGA